AUGCCCCCGGAUUUGAACUUCACUCAUGUGGUUUUGAUUCCAAAAAUUAAGGAAGUGGUGAGUAUGUCACACUUGAGACCCAUAGCUUUGUGCAAUGUCAUUUAUAAGAUUGCAUCCAAAGUUGUUGCUAACAGGUUGAAGAGCUUUCUACCAGCUCUUAUUUCACCUCAACAGAGUGCUUUUGUACCAAAUUGCCUAAUCUCUGAUAAUACACUUGUGGCUUCAAAGGUUGCUCACUACAUGCAUAGAUUGAAACGGGGUCAGGAGGGCUUUUUGGCUCUUAAGUUGGAUAUUAGCAAAGCCUAUGAUAGGCUGGAGUGGAGUUUUCUGCGGAAAAUUAUGCUCAAGAUGGGUUUUGCUAGUCAGUGGAUGGAACUGAUUAUGUUUUUUCUAUCCACAGUACGUUAUUCCUUUCUCAUUAAUGGCAAUGCCAAAGGUUUCAUUGAUCCACAGCGGGGUCUGAGGCAAGGUGACCCUAUCUCACCCUACUUAUUCCUGCAUUGUGUUGAAGGUUUGUCGACUCUUAUUUCUCAUGCUGUUUCUAGUGGUCAAUGGCAGGGAUUACGCAUUUGUGAUGGGCUCCUCCCUCAAGAUUGUUAUCUUAUUCGUCAGUUACUUAAUAUUUAUGAGAAAGCGUCGGGGCAACAAGUUAAUUUGCAGAAGAGUAAUGCGGUGUUCAAUGGUACUGUGCUCCCCCACUUGCGAGAAAGUAUGGCAAACAUUUUGGGAGUUCAGGUGGUAGACAAGCAUGAGAAAUACCUACGUAUCCCGACUUUAGUAAGUCGGUCCAGGAUAGAUACAUUUGCCUAUAUUAAAGACAACUUGUCCAAGAAACUGACAGGAUGGAGGUCUAAAUUAUUAAGCAUUAGUGCUGGUAGAGAGAUCUUAAUCAAAGUUGUAGCUCAGGCUAUGCCACUGUAUACAAUGAAUUAUUAUUUGCUACCUCAGUCUCUUAUUCAGGAGCAUUGUGCAAGUAGAGAUAUUCUACGGGCAGGCAUCUGGAGACAUAUUGGCAAUGGGACGACCACUAAUAUAUGGGUAGAUCCUUGGCUAAUGGGGGAGGACUUGAGUUUGUAUAGGUCAGAUCGAGCUGUUGUGGUUGCAGAUCUUUUUCUGGCUCUAAGGGUGUGGGACACUACUCUUUUAUCUAAUUUAUUCCCUGCACAUGUUGUUCAGAAUAGGGCUAGGCAGGGUCCCAGACCGACACUAUAUUUACAGGGACUGAGACCGAACUUGACAUAUUCGGGUCGGGCCCAAAACGUGAUAUCCAUACUCUGGGAUCGGAGUACACCCGAACAGAAAAUUUUCGGGUGUAGGAUUCUUGAAGAAGAGCCUUCUAAUCCUAACCCUAGUUCAGCUCUUUGGAAAAAAUUAUGGAAUACCCCUGUGCUAGGUAAUGUGAAGGUUUGUGCUUGGAAGGCAACCUCUAAUAUUCUUCCUACACGAAGCAGGCUUAGUGAAAGAGGUAUUGAUAUUGAUACCCAAUGUCCGUUUUGUAAGGAAGAAGUUGAGUUGAGUCCCUUAUUCAUGCCCUACGAGAUUGUCUCCAUGCAGUUAGUAUGCUCCAGAAACUUCUGGAUUUGGGAUGAGGAGUGCAAGUUGGCUACUGAUAUUGUGCCAAUAACGAUGGCAUUUUGUUUGGAUUCAAGUAUCACAAGAUUGGGAGUUGUGUUCAGGAACCAUGAAGGAGUUGUUUUGGGGGGCUUUCGACACACAGUAAUGGUGUCUAGUUCUGCUCAGCAUGCGGAGUUGUUGGCUCUGCUUCAAGGAGUGCAGUUGGCUAUUGAUCAGAAUUUCACACCGGUGAUAGUGGAAACAGAUUGUAUGGAUUUGGUUCACACUAUCUCUGGCUCAUCCCUUCAUCAAUCGGAGUUGGGGUUCUUAAUUGAUGAUAUGAGAAACAUGUUGCAUGAUGCUUUAGAUGCUAAAGUGGUGUUUGGUAGUAGACAGGUUAAUCUAGUAGCGCAUACUUUGGCUCAGGAGGCCAAAGUUGGUCAGUUUGGUAUUGAUUUCUUUACCAACAUUCCUCCAAGUGUGGAGGCUCUCAUACUUUCUUAUUGUAAUGAUGUUUCAUCAAUGAAUUAG